AUGCCCACGGAUGAGCAGCUGUGCAGCUAUCAUCUGGUGAUUUCAAAAAUUGUCGCUAUGCUGGAUUCCUGUGUGCCAAAAGAGCUAGCUGGAAGCGGGGGUUGUCUGCUGGAUGUACUUCACGAGCCCGAAACACGCACCAUCCACAUCCGUUACGGGGACGGGGAUAUCAAUAAGCAAGAAGAAUCUUCCCUAGAACAAACUGAAGACAAAGAGGAAGAGUGGUUGCAAGACGAUGAAGAUGCUGAUGAUGAGGAGCUGUGUGAAGACGUUGAUCAAAGAGUGGCCGAAGAAGUCAUGGAAGAAAUUCUAGAUGGAAAGCUGGCAAUGUCGCCGGUUGAGGACGAUUUGCUGAAUUAUGGAUCUCCCGAUGCCACUGAUGAUGGUAGUGCAACAUUCGUAACGGAAUUCGCUUCACCCGAUGAUAACGACACGGAAGAAGUGAUGAUAACUGAGGAGAUAAUAGUAGAAUCGCCCGAGCCGCCUUUGAUCGCCAGCCCACCAAAGUACAAAUGCCAGUAUGUUGGUUGUCCUCACACAUUCCAGUUAGCCAAACAGUAUGCCAGUCAUCAGGAAAAGGUACAUCCGUGGUUGAUCGAGUCGAAGAUAGAACUACAAUGUAAGUACUUCAGCUGCGAGGUACGAUCGGACGACAUACAGCAGCUUCAUAUUCAUCACGCACAACAUCGAACGAAGGAAAAGUCUGCGAAAUGCCAAAAACCAAGCGAUAAAACACUGAAACCCAUCCGUGGAAGAUGUUGCGAAUAUUGCGACACGAUCCUAGAACCGAACGUGCACAUCUACUCGCAGCAUUGUCUGUCGGAGCAUGACCGCUCACCGUACGCUUGCCCCCUUUGCGACAGCCUGUUCCCUUUACAGUCGCAUCUUGAUCAGCACUUGCGAAUGCUGCAUUCCCAGGAACAGUUGGAACACGUGUUAAACCAGCGGCUAUGGCGAAAGUUUACGAUCGCUGAGCAACAGCUGGCCGAGUGUCGCUUCUGCUAUCGAGUUAUCUGUGAUCGUACCUGUGCCGUACACGCCAUACGCCAUCGAAAGGAGAUGGCACAAUCGUGUGAUCGUUGUGGCGAGGCUCACCCCUCUGCGCACUGCACGCUAUCGAAACCGGUGUACGGUUCGAGCUGGGUAAAGAAGCGCUGUCCGGAAUGCCACCGAUCAGUGUCUACCAAGAACUUCAAAGAGCACAUGGCCACCCACACGUCGGAGCGUAACUUCCCGUGUACGGUAUGCAAGAAAACUUUCAAAGUACGCCGUAAUGCAACCCGGCACAUUCAGAAUCACAUUAACGCGAGCAACCGGAAGCGACGCUGCUACGACUGUGGCCGAGUGUGCGAGAAUGAUGGGACCCUUGUGGACCAUUAUCUAGCGGAGCAUCCAGAACUUCAACCGUACCGAUGUCCGAUCUGUGAAGCAGGGUUUCAUGAGAAGCAGCUGCUGGCCGAACAUUGCCAUGCACAUACGGAUGCAGAGCGACAAAUGGUUGCGGUAAAGAACCCGGUCGUCAGCUAUGCGGUCGAGGAAGCGCGAAUUUUCGAAUGUACGCUCUGUCGGAGGAUAUUUACCACUAAGCGGGCCACGAUAGCGCAUACGAUCGUACACACGGAUCGGCCACACAUCUGCGGAUUAUGUAAUGCAUCUUUUCGGGCAUCGAGUGAGCUUACCGAUCACACGAAGGAUAUGCAUCAGUACUACAGUGAUAGGGAGCGAUAG